AUGAGCGACUCUCGUCAGCAGCAGCACCCCCAACAGCCCUCCACACCUGACCCGUUCCCAGUCCCUCAGGUCCCCCUCCAUUCCACACACGCCCAAUCAUCCCACCUGCGCACUCGCGGCAAGGACCGCUCCGGCAAAACGCCAACUAACCGUGCAGACGUCCACUACCAAAAAGACCAGCAAAGCUGGACGGUGUGCUUCUGGGAGCGUCAAAACGCUUGCGGUCUCUAUUGUAAACUGCAUAAAUAUCUGCGCUGGCUUCGUUGCUACAACUGCCACACGACCGCGAUGCCUCUAUGGAGGAAGGACAACAAAGGCAAGACCGUUUGUAAUGUAUGCGGCCUCUACUACAAGCUCCACAGCUUGGCACGCCCCAUCAGCAUGAAAUCAGACAUCAUUCGCAAACACUCUCGUCACGAUGCACGCGCGCAGUCCUCCUCCCUCACGGAACCACCAAGUGCCUCAAACACACCAGGCAUGUUACUACGUUUGGCUUUUACUAGCGUCCACCAGACUCAUGCAGUCAUCCAUAAACAGGCCGAUGCUUCUAUAAGGACGAUACCAAACCAUGGCCGCCAAAUUUAUCUCCUUCUGAUUUCAAAGUGUCAUCUGAGCUUCAUACCACUGCUCUUGACACAUUCGCUAUCAAUUCCGAAUUGCGUGCGUGCAUUCACUUCACUUGAUGGCAAGACACACAUCGGCCUCGGAAGACAACCCCAGGAAGAAAUGUUCAAGAAAACGAACGAGAUUCGGCAGGAGUCUAUGCCGGAAAAGGAGACAACCACUGAGAAGCGCGAGACUUCAUUCUCCUUGUCACUGGCUUCCUUGCCGUCGUCUUUCACAACGCUCUUGUUGUCCAUCCUGGACUCGCCUGCAUAUGCUAAUUUGACGUCAUCCUACCUCAACAACGUGUUCAACCCCGCUACCCCCAAUGAUCCACGUGUUAAGUACUUCAGCAUCACCGGACGUACCGCCGACAUGAGCAUCUGGCACCGCUUUGUCUCCCGUGCGCGGUUACGUUCUGACCUUGGUGAAUUUCGGACGAACGCCCAGUUACGGCUCGAAGAUUACCUUGAGCGGGAAAGCGUGCUGAGUGAGAUCGUCGUCAUCCUGCGGUGA